CCGAUGAAAAAAGUGCGCUUGUAGUGAAAAUUAUAAAAAAAAACAAAAAAUAAAAAAAAAAGUUUUAUAAAAUAAAAAAAAAAUUAUUAUAUAACAAAAAAUAAGAAAAAAAGGAUUUUAAUGAAAAAAAGGACAUGAAGUGAGAGCAAAGUGCUAUGAAAGGCGACGAUUUGGGUAAAAUUCACACAAUCGAAGUUUUGACUGAGUCGUAUCAUGCUCACAGAGCACCAACAACGAGAAUUUGCGGAAAAAGCUGAAGCAUUAAAGUUGCAAAAGCAGAAACAACAAGCGCAAACCUCCCGAAUUCACGAAUCGCCGCGUUGCUGUUCCUACCAAGACAACUUGGGCGCCAAUGAGUAUCGCAAGGAUCGUCGUGUACACGGCUUCCAGUUGCCCUUGCAUCCGUUGCAGAUCGCCGGUUGGAUCGCCAUUGUAAUUUUCGUGACAGCGGCAUUCGCAUUGCUGAUUCCCGUGUUGCCGCCGAACCUUCAGCCGGCUUUUUAUUGCGUGUUGACGGUGCUUUUUGUCGUGCACGUCGUCUCGCACAUCGCUGCGGUUUUGACAGAUCCAGCGGAUCGGGAGCUGCGACGCAUCAGCACAAGGCAAGUUGUUCCCGAAUUUGAUCGUGCAAAGCAUGCACACGUGAUCGAAAAUGGACGCUGCCAUUUGUGCAAUAUAAAAACAACUAGUAAUCGCACAAAACACUGCUCUGUUUGCAAUAAGUGCGUCGGUAGAUUUGAUCAUCAUUGCAAGUGGUUGAAUCACUGUAUCGGAGGCAGGAAUUAUGUGGCAUUCCUUAUGUGUGUACUGAGCGCCGUGAUUGCUGUUUUGGUUAUAUUGACCGCAUGCAUUGCGGAAAUUACUCUUUAUUAUUUUAAACCAGACUGGCUGAACAUAUGGAGCGACGUUGUCGCAGUAAAUGACACGUUACUCGACGAAAAUGAGGGAACAACGAUAAUUAAUGAAGUUAUUGAACAGACAAAUGCGACACUAAUUGGCAACUUGACAAAUGUGUUGAUCGGAAAUGGCACGGAAAACAACGAAACGCUCGUCGAAACACUCGAUGACGACGACAAAAAUCUCGGAUUGAGCAUCAACGGAACAAUUUUCGUGAUUUUCGCAGCAACUGUGGGACUUUUAGCGGCAAUUUCGGCAGGACUUUUACUGCAUUUGUGCUUUUUCCAUGUCUACAUCUCGUAUUUGGGCCUUACCACGUACGAAUAUAUCCGAAAUCAACGAACUUCAGCAACGAACGCUUAUCCGCCGCAAUAUACGCAGAAGAAUGGCACGCAUCACAAGAAGGAAAAUGGACUUCAGCAAACGUCAAAUGGGGGAAAUCAUCAAAAUGGGACCUCAAAUCGUCGAUAUACGACAUUUUUCCGGAGUAAAAGUGCUGAAGCGUAUUUUUGUUCGAACAUAAACCCAAUUUCGAACAGUGAAAAUGUCGCCCAUGUCGAUAUUGAGUCUCAAAAUCGCCCAAAAACGCUUUAUUGCUGCGACACAGUUGAAUCGCAUCAUCAUCGACACAAAGCUUAUUACAUGUGUUCGGUGUUGGAAGAUGCAAAUCCCGAAAAUUCCAUGAAUGAUCUCUCUCGAAUUAAUUAUUAUCCGGAAGAUGAGGCCCGAUACGAGUCUAAAACGUUUCAUUGUUGCUCGGAAUUUGUCGAAAAUCAACCUGCUGUCGCUACAGUUACGGGAAUUCUCGAGCAAUCACGUCGAGAAACGGCAUUUUUGCAUUAUACGGAACAAUGUACGUUCUGUAGUUUCAGGAUAAAACGUCCUGUGACGCGACAACAGCAACAACGGGUCUCUGCAUCGAUGGAGGAUAAGCGUUGUUGCAUCAAAACUGUCGCUACGAAGCAUCACAGAUGGCGACGAAAGUGGAAUUGUUGCUCGAAUGUCCCAGAUUCGCCCGAUGUUCCGAUGGCAUCGCAGUUUUUGACCCAAAAUUUGCCCAAUUCCGUCGUAAAUGUUCGCCAAAUGAACGAAACUGGCAAUCCCGAGACUUCGGAUCAGCAAAAUAACAAUUUGGAACAAGCGACAACGACAUCGACGACAAUUACGAUUAGCAGUUACGACGAAAAUAGUGCCAAUAAUAAUAAUUUUAGCGUAAUGAACGGGAAUAACGAUGCCAGUCCGAACAAUAAUUCCGCGCCAACGCCUCAAACGGACAACGUGCAAGAGAUAAUCACAAUCAGCAGUAGUUUGAGUAACAUUUCCUCCUCAUCGACAACGACAAUUAUGCCGCCAUCAUCUUCAUCCUCGAAUAAUCCGACGCCCUCGAAGCGGAUGCGAGUUCGAAGCAUUCGUCCCGUCAUCCGCCUUCGUCAUAUGUUCCGUGUACUCGGCAAACGGUAUCGUCGCCCGCGUUGUCGACACAUUGCCGCCGCUGCUCAAGUCAAACAGAACCAAAUUCGUCCCUUGCCGCAACAAAAUACGGGAAAUUCUCUCAUUGUGACGUCGCCCGUGCAGCAACAAGCAUCCCCGAAUGGACAAUAUUCGACUGUGACACAUCAAACAAUUCUCCCGACAUCCGCCAUCAGGAACGAAUCGCAACAACAACAUCUUCUCGUGUUGCCUGCACUUCCGCCGCCGCAACGGAGACGCAUUAAAACCACAGAAACAGACAUACAAGAGUUGGCAGAUACACUUACGUUGGUACAAGAGCAACAAACGCCAUCCACGAUAAUCCGUCUAUCGACAUCAAAGUCGCGUCGAAAGCAAAUUUUGCGCCCUCGAAGUCCUACGUUGUCGCCCAUUCACGAAUCGGGGUUGAGUAAUCCGACAUCUCCGUUACCAAAGCAUCGACAAAGCUCCGUGGAGACGCCAUCAGAUGAUAUUUUGCACAUUACUUCAGAGGACUGUAUUAAUUGAGCCUAAAAAUAAAAAUAAAAAAAAAAUUAUCCGUACCACUGUCUAAAAGAAAUCUCUAAAAAUAUUUCAUGUAAAUAAAAUAAAAUUAAAUUAUCUGUCUAACUAUCACUAAAAAUUAAUUAAA